CCACCAUUUUUUCUUUCCUUAAAACCCUAGAUUGAGCCAUGGCUAAGGGGAAGAAAGGUAAAGGGAAUAAAGGCUCUUCAUCUCAGUCCAAGAAGAAAAAAGGUCCGAAACCUAGAACCCGUUUGAACUCAAAGUAAUCGCAAAAUCAGGAAGAGGGGGUUGGUUCGGAGGUUAGCUGGCUUGAUGGAAAUGAGCAAGAUGAUCCAUUGAAGAGGGUUUCCCAAGAAGAUAAGGAGCGGCAUGCUGUGGAUCUUAAUCAGUGGUUAUAGGUUAUUCAUCAAAACUCACCUUUGUCUGAUGUUGAUUUCAAUGGAACAGUAACCGGGUCAGCUGGAGUUCAGUCGGGCCCUAUAAACCCGACUCCUCUAAUGAUGAUCAGAGAUGGUAACUCCAUUUCUAGUAGGUCAGUUUUUGGUUUGACUAUGAAUAAUACUCCUAGCCUUCGUGAAACACCUCCAACUUUGGUAACCCCGAACCCUAGGUCUUCUUCUGAAUCUAGGAAUGGGGGUUCAAGAAGAUGAAGUGCUCUAUUUCGCAAUACCAGAGAUGAGGGUAUUGAUCUUUCUGGAUGAUGUCGUCAAAAUGAUCCUGGUGAAUGUGAAAAUAGAGGCAAAUUGCAACUGCUGGCUGAAGAUGUUGAUCCUGAGGUGCAGUUUUGGAGUUCUGCGCUUAUCUGCUAUGCUUUGGGAGCUAGAGUGCCUUAUUUUGUUAUGAAUGGCUUCAUUAGACGUAUUUGGGGAAGGUUUGGGAUUGACAGGAUUAACUUACUCCCGAGUGGGGUUUACCUAGUUCGUUUCCGGAGUAAGGAAAACAUGGAAAAGGUUAUGAAUGGUGGACCUGUUAUGUUUGAUAGUAGGCAAGUUAUCAUGAAGAAAUGGGAGCCAGGUAUAAACUUAGAUAAGGAAGGUGUGUGUGAAGUUCCUAUUUGGGUCAGGCUGCCUGGGCUCCAGUUGAAAUUUUGGGGUCAAAGUGCUCUAAUGAAGAUAGGUCAGCUAAUAGGUAAGCCGGUGAAAACUGACAAAGUCACAAAAAAUAAGGAGAAACUUGAGUAUGCAAGGUUGAUGAUAGAAGUUUCAGUUGAUGGUGAAUAUCCAACAAAAAUCGAAUUUCUGGAUGAAGUGGGUGCUAAUGUUUCUCAGAGAGUUAUUUAUGAGUGGAAGCCCAUUCAUUGCCGGAGUUGUACUGGUAUGGGUCACAGUGAAAGUGAGUGUCCUAUGCAAUGGCAAACACAACAAGAUAGGAGAAGAGGUACUCGUAAUGUCCCUAUGAGAAGAGACUGGCGGCCUGUCCAGAAUCAGCAGCAGAAUCAUGCUCAGACUGCUACUCAGGUUGCUACUCCAAAUGCAGUUAUUCAGGAAAAUUUGACAGGUAGUGUUAUUACAGAGAAUAGAUUUGAUUGUUUGGAAAUUGAGGAAAAUGAGGUUCCUAGUGAAAUAAUUCAUGAUUCUCAAAGGAUUGGAAAUUUGUGCUGUAUUGAGGAAGGCCGGGUUUUGUAUGGGAAUAUGGAGGAGGGAGAUUGCUCAUACUCUCUUCAUGGAUAGUGUCGGUUUUUGGAAUGUGAGAGGCCUAAAUUUGCCUAAAAAGAGGUGUGAUGUUUCGUGGUUCUUGAAUCAUCAUAACCUUGGCUUAUUUGGGCUCAUGGAAACAAAAGUUAAAGCAAAGAAGUUUGGCUCGGUUUUUAGUAGUUUUGAUAGAGAUUGGUCGGUUGUUGCUAAUUAUUCAAAAAGUGAAAAGGGAAGAAUUUGGGUGCUAUGGCUUGCUACUGUUUUUCAGGUCAACGUGUUGAGAAUUGAGGAGCAGCUUAUACACAUGGAAGUAAGGCAUAAUGCUUGUGGUAGUGUGAUGCUUGUUACCAUGGUUUAUGGUCUCAAUGAUCCAAAGUGACAUAUUGAAUUGUGGAAGCACUUAUCUAAAAUUGCGAGUAAUAAUAGUCAGUCGUGGAUUAUUGGGGGGGAUUUUAAUAACAUCCUUAAUCUUGAGGAUCGGAUAGGCUCCCCUUGUACUUUCGAUGAAGUCAAGGAUUUUCGAGAAUGCUUGGAGAACAAUGGACUUUUUGAUUUUAAUGUUGGGGGUCUGUUUUAUACUUGGAACAAUAAACAACAAGGGCAAGAUCGUGUUUGUUCAAAAAUUGACAGAUUCUUGAUUAAUAGUGCAUGGAUGACAAGCUUCAACAAUACCACGGCUACGUUCCUUCCUGAAGGUUUGAUGGACCAUAGUCCGUGCUGCAUCAAUAUUUUUGGGGUAAAUGACAACUCUGUGAAACCGUUCAAGUUUUUUAAUUAUUGGACGAGUGCGCCGGGUUUUUUGGAUGUUAUUAAGCUUGCGUGGGGUGUUAAUGUCAGAGGGACUGCGAUGUUCUGUGUAGUCAAGAAAUUGCAAGCAGUCAAGAAGGCGCUUAAAGAGGGUCAGUUGAGUUCUCUUUCUAUGAUUAAAGCUGCUGACCUUGAUGCUUCUGUCAAGCUUCUGAAUAUUCAGAAAAAACUGAAUUUAGACCCUUUAAAUGAGGAUCUAAUCAGUGAGGAGAAGCAGGCUAGAGCCCUUUUUCAAGAAGCCCAUUCUGCUAGGUACUCCUUCUUGAAGCAAAAAGCUAAAUUGCACUGGAUAAAGGAAGGUGAUGUGAAUACGACAUAUUUUCAUGCUUAUCUUCAAAAGAGAAGGAUUCGGAACAGGAUAUGUAGUAUUAUUCAUGAAGAUCAAAUUAUCCAGUCUCUUAGUCAGGUGGUUAAAGCAUUCAUGGAUUAUUAUCAAAAGCUCCUGGGCACUAGGUCUGAGCCAGAGAGGACUACUCAUAAUGUUGUGAUUGGUGUUGGUAGUGUUCUUGAUCAUGACCAGCAAGUUAGUUUAUUUACGAAUUUUACAGAGGAGGAUGUGAAAUCUUCCCUAUGGAGUAUUGACGAUGAUAAAGCCCCGGGCCCCGACGGUUUUUCAAGACAUGCUGAAAAAUUACAAUAAUAAAAGGAAGGCUCCUCGUUGCACAGUUAAAGUUGAUAUGAGGAAGGCUUAUGACUCGGUUCAUUGGUCUUUCAACAAGGAUAUGAUGGUUGCCCUUAAUUUUCCUCCUCAGUUUGUUGGUUGGGUGAUGGAAUGUGUUACCACUCCUUAUUCUGUGAUGCUUAAUGGAGGGCUGCAUGGUUUUUUUCAAAGGGAAGAGAGGUGUUAGACAAGGGGAUCCUAUUUCUCCUUUGAUGUUUGUCAUGGUCAUGGAAUAUUUGUUUAGACUCCUACGGAAAGUGGGGAGUAUGGAAGGCUACAAAUUUCAUCAAGGGUGUAAGCAUUUGGGGCUGACUCAUCUUGUUUUUGCCGAUGAUUUAAUGCUUUUCUGUCAUGGCGAUAAAAAGUCAUUCUCCCUUCUUCUUAGGGCUCUAAGAACUUUUGAGAAGAUUUUAGGUUUAGUCAUUCUCCCGAGAAAACAGCUGUGUAUUGUGGUAGCAUGGAUUCUGUAAAGGAGGAGGAGAUUCUAGAUGGAUAUGGAUUUAUUAAGGGUGAUUUUCCUUUUAGAUAUCUGGGGAUCUCGCUUAAUGCCAAGUAUAUGCGAAGCUCUGAUUUUGAUAGCAUUAUCGAUAAAAUGUUGGCCCGUAUUACUUGUUGGUCGAGCAGGAACUUGUCUUGUCUUAUGCUGCAAGGGCUACCCUUAUAAACUCUGUGCUUCUGAGUCUUCAUUCUUACUAGGGUCAAUGUAUCCUUCUUCCUAAGGGUGGUAUUCAUAUGAUCACUCAGUUAUGUAGAUCUUUUUUUAUGGGAUGGAGGUGCUGUGCUAGGUGGAGCUCCCCUAUUUCGUGGGACUGGGUGUGCAAGCCUAAGAAGUAUGGAGGAAUAGGAAUGAGGGACUGUAGUAGAUGGAAUAAGGCCGCUUUGGGGAAGUAUGUGUGGAAAAUUGCUAAGAAAGAAGAUACUCUGUGGGUAAAAUGGGUCCAUAGUAUAUACUUGAAAGAUAGUGAUUGGAGGUCCUAUAGCCCUAAGAAGAGUGACGGUUGGUUUUGGAGGAAGCUAUGUGUGGUGGAUGAUGAGCUUCAACAGGGUUUUGAGACUGGAAAUUGGACUAACAAAGCUUACAAGAUCUCUGAUUGUUAUAAAUGGUUGCAGGGGCCUCUUGUUAAGGUUGGAUGGGAUACUUGGGUGUGGAAUAGGUACAAUGUGCCAAAAUAUUCCUAUAUUGCGUGGCUGGAUGCUCAGUCAAGAUUGAAGACCAAAGAUAGGUUGAUUUCUUUUGGUUGCAGUUAUGAUCCCCACUGUCUUCUUUGUGGCAUUGACUAUGAGACACAUGAGCACUUAUUCUUUGAGUGUAAUUACAGUCGGUCCUGCUUGAAGAUCAUUGCAACUUGGCUCGGGAAAUCUGAGAGGAAUUUUAAUUUGGUUUUGUCUUGGAAACAUUGGAAGAGAAAAGGUGUGGAUAAGAUUCAUAAGAAAGUAUAUCUAAGGUGUGGAUAAGAUUCAUAAGAAAGUAUAUCUAGCUGCUUUCUCUUCCUGUGUCUAUUAUAUUUGGUUUGCUAGAAACCAUGCUUUUUGGGAAAAAGCUGUAAUUCUCCCUUCGAAGCUUUGCUUUUCUAUAUGCUUAGAGAUUUUGAGCAGACUGCAACCGUUGAUUGACAGCUCCUGGUCUCGGGUUCACUGCAAAUGGCUACAAGCUUUGAGAUGCAAUUUGCCUUCCUGACCAUUUUCUGAUGUGUCCUGUUUCUGUUCUGGUUUCUAUUCCCUUUUUGGUUUUUGUGACUCUGAUGCCUGGUCAGGUUUCUAUUUCUGACUGCUGAGUUGCUGUUACUAGUGCCGGCUGCUUCUAGCUCUGGUUUGGCUGUGGGAGGGCUGAGGUUGCUGUAGGCUGCUGAUAGUGUUGUACUAGUUUCUGUUAGCUUGAAAGCUGACUUCAGGGUUGCUGUUGUUUUGGUGCUGCAGUAGUUUGUUUGGUUUUGAGCUACUGUGCCUGCUUCUCUGGUUUGAGCUGUGCUGUUUUCUAAUGGCUCGGUUUUGUCUUUAUGCUAAGCCUGUUGUUUUCUUUAGCUGCUGUUUUUGUCUAGCUGCUGUCUUGGUUGUGGACUGUUUGGCUGGUGUUUGGUUUUGUUUUGCUUUAUUUGGGUGUUUUCUUUGUCCUAGUCCUUGCUCGAAGUACCCUUCCUAGAAGGUACCUUCUUGUUUGAGGCUAGGUAGUGCCCCUCGCUGUUCAUGGCACCCUUCCUAGAAGGUGGCUUUAAACAUUGUUGGGUGGUAGUUGUGGUUGUGUGCCCUCGGGCUGGUUUUGUCUCGUGUUUUUGCUUCUUCCUUGUUUGUAAGUUUUAUUCGUUCAUUCUAUGGUAAUAAAAUUUUUCUUAAUUCCCAAAAAAAAAAAAAAGAAUCAAAUGAAAGUCAAACGCAU